UGCGGAGCUUAAAUGCUCGUAUUUCAUUUAGUGAACACGACAGAUAAGGACAUGGAUACAUUCUUUAAGAUGUUGCUAUAUUUUAUAGGUUUAACAACAUUAUGGACAAAGACAAACUGUUCUACUACAGAAAAACCAGAUCCGUGCAUCACUGCCUCGCCGUUUCCUCAUGUCCAGAAUAGAUCAACUACGUACAAUAAAACCUUUAAUAUUAAUGAUAGAUUCAUAACUCCUGGUUGGUAUGGAACGCGGGGUUUAUCAAUACCCCACACACCUCCCGAAUACAAGCAUUGUGGUACAAAAUAUCCCAUAUAUCUAAAAGAUAGACCAUUGCAUAAUACUACACAGAUACAGACUAUUGGUACCUACAUUCGCCGUUCAGCAGACGUGUAUAACGUUACGGGUCCGGGCAUCAAUGUGAAAGUAUGUUCUCCAUUUUUAUUGGUAUUUAAAUUGGUUCGUACAGGAGUCGAACAGACCGGAUAUUGCAUUGGCACCCUAGAAGGCGGUGAUAUACCUGAUUUUAAAACCGCACCUACUGUCACCUAUGAUCAAGAUGUGGUGGCAUCUGAGGCACAAUUCCGGUUCUCCUGCAACUUCCCCGAACCUACAAACGACGUAUUAUUUUAUCAAGCACACUGGUACGUGAACAACCGAUUUAUAUACAGUUCACCUUUAGCUGCUUAUGCUGAUCCGGCCAACGAACGAGUUCUGACAGAAGCUAAACUACGGGAACAGCGUGUGGUCACGGUUGGCUUUGAUAUUUAUUGUGAAAUUAGAGCAGGCAGAGGCGUCAACGGACCGGCAGGAAUUCCAUCUACGAGUAAACCAAUAUUUAUUGGAAUAGAGGUUUUGACGCCCACGAUUACCGUUACAGAGGGUAAAUCUGGCGAGAUCCGUAUAAAAGCUACAGCAAAGAUAGGAUGUCCUGAUAGUGAUUGCACAUAUGGUGUCAUAGCGAAUAUACCAAUAGGGACUGAUACCUGCUCUCCAACAGUUCGUUCAGAUACGGCUUGUGGGGUGAAAAUUAAUCCUGACAAAUGGGAACAGAUUUACAGUAUCAAGGUUACUGGUUCAAUUACUGAAGGUGAAUAUCGGCAACAGACCAAUGUUAUGAAAAUCACACUUCGUUCCCCAGUUCAGUACUUUGGACACCCAAUAUGGGGAAAUUAUACUUUAGCUCCGGUUACGGUGAAUGUAAUAAAAGACACGAAGGCUAUAGAAGGGAGGAAAUGCGUUGUAUCUGGUGAUCCGCAUGUUGUAACUUUCGGUAACAGACAUGUGGAACUCCAAAUUCCUGGAACAUUUACCAUGUAUCGGAAUGAUGACUAUAAUAAUAUAGAGGUUCAAGUAAGAAGCCACGCGUGUACAGGCGGUAGGUUUGAGGAUUACUUCUGUGCUUGUGGUAUAGUCGUUCGAGUUGGACAGACAGUUUUUAUGAUUAAUCAUUGCUCGAUUGAUUAUUGGGUUAUUGAUUAUAUUCUGUGUAAUGAUGGUGGUGAUAUUCUUGACGUCAAAAAAUUAAAUUCUGGUGGUUACAAGAUUAUGUUACCAACGGGAGCAUAUCUUGAGAUAAAGUUUUGGUAUACAGCGCUGAAUAUAUUUAUGUAUCCGUCCGUGAUAGAUGUCGGUGUGAGUAGAGGGCUGUGUGGUAGUUUAUCUGGGUUGGAUUACAGUCAACAAAAUGAAUUAGUAUUAAGAAGUGGAAGUACAACCACUGACGAUACAUCUUUCUUGAAUUCCUGGAAGACUCCUGUUGUUGAAGAUAUGUUUGAUCCAGACAACUUGGGUAGGCUCAAUGCUUGGUCUCGUAAUUAUACCACAUGUAAAUGCAAUGAGGUGCGUGAUGGUGUCGUCAAAAAUGAAAUCGAUUGUUCACCAUACAACGAACCAGUUAUUUGUAAUGAGGAUGUAGAAUUUAGAACAGUUCACAAGAAACGCUGCAUUUCACCAUCCCGCAAGAAGAGAUCGAUACCCACAAUAAGAAAUCGGCCCGAGAAUCAUAGACGAAUUAAAAGGGAUGUAAGCUGGAAGAAUGGGUGGACCAAUGAGUCUGCUACGGAAUAUUGCGAGAAUCUCUUUAAAUCUUCAAAUAUGGUUAAUCUGUGUAAAGAGGUACCUGGCGUCGAUGUUUCAUUUCCCAUGGCAAAUUGUGUUCUUGAUAUUCAGCUAAGUGGAACAACCAAUUUUUCGUUGACUGCUAUCAAUUCUAUAAGAAGUCAGUGUUUACGUGAGGCUAGUAUGAAUGUUACUCUUCGGCAGGAAACUAGUCCAGAUAAACCUUCAGUGUUAAAAAUGGUGAAAGCUGUAGCUUGUCCAGCAGAGUGUUCAGAUAGAGGUGUCUGUGUUAAUGGUACCUGUGAUUGUAAUGAUGGUUAUUCAGGACCAGAUUGUUCUGUUGAUCUAACUCAACCACCUCUGGCCGAUAGUCUAGAAGCGAACGGGUAUUGUGAUCGCAAAGAUGGCAGUUGUGAAGAGAUUGCCAUAUUUGGUGGACCUUUUGUAGAAUCUGACAAAUUCAAAUGCCGACUGAUGCCGCUCGAGUCAAACGCAGAAGCAGAGAUAACAAAUGCUCCAGUUGUUGAAAGUAUUGGUGAAGUGACGUGUCCACUACCUGUUAAUAGACAAAAACGAUCAACAACCGUUCCCGUUGUAGACACAACAGUACCAAGCUACAGGGUAGCUGUGUCCAAUGAUGGACAACUCUUCAGUCGACAGUUAACAGUGGUUGUCAUGGAUUCCAAUUGCAUGGACUGUACAAUUGAUGGCGAGACCGUGACAUGUAGAAUGUUUGACGAUUAUUGUUAUACGGAUGAACGCUGUUAUAAAACUGGUGAAAAGUAUAUAUAUAAUGAAGACUAUCAAUGUACCAACGGACAGUGGCAAACCAUAAAAUCAACACCAGAUGAUAAAGUGCCAGCCAUUGUUGGUGGAGUUGUGGGUACAGCUUUACUGAUCUGUAUUUUAAUUAUCAUUAUAUUAGUGAUAUACAGGAACAGUUGCAAACGAUCCAGGACUCCCACUGACCAAGUUAAUGAACAUACAUAUGAUUCAACUAUUGGAGGUGGACCUGUAGUUGUUUAUGAUACAUUAAAGACAACAGAACAAACUUGUUAUGAUAAUAUGGGGAACACCAACACCAUUGGUACUCGAAUAUAAGUUAUCGGAAUGCCUGUUCACUUUUUUAAAAAAGAAAGUGGUUUGGAGGUAGCUUGAGUGUUGUACUGGCAAUUUAAAUAUUAGGAGCUUAAACUAAAUGUUUUACCCAAAUGUUAUUAUAUUAUAUAUUAGUUGUGGGUAGCCAUGGCAACAUAACUUUACCUGGUGAUGUCCGUGUUCUAUUAUACUGUUAUAUUUUUCACCUUUUGUAAAUACAACUUCUUCAUCCAAAACAAUAUAUUAAUGUUUAUACGUACAUGUAGUCAGAUGUUCGACUCAUCUAUACCGAUGUGGUCUUAAUCCUAUAAGCAAUGCAGUUAAUUAGAAUUGUUUAAUUAAAGAUACAUUAUGGGAGAUUAGACAAAGAGCUGGCAGUUCUCACUAUAAUAGUUAAAAACUAGAUAAUGUAAAGGGAAUUUGCUGAAAAUGUCAGUCGAAUUGAUCCACUCUGAACUGAGAAUUUAGCGAUUGACUUUUUUCGGCCUAGUCUCGAUCAACAUUACUAAUGUCGGUACGACAAAAAAACAUAGUCUCGAUUAUCCAUUUCAAGAUUAAAUCAUGAAUGAAAGUUGAGCAGCAAAUCGGAUCCUAAUCCAAUAAAUAUCGCAGCCUAGCAAUGGCAUCGAGGGUUGAUUAUGGUCUGGAUAAUUUAAUUAAUGUCUAAUUAAUGAUUUAGAUAACCUUUCAGGCCUAAAGAAAGACCUGCAAUAGGCAGAUUUAGCUCUUGCAUUAUGUAUGUUUAACAGGAUUAACCACUUUCAAGUAUAGUGUAUAGAUGUAGUAGGUAGCAACGCGGGAAGGUUGUUUAUGAGUUUUUUAUAGUUUUUACUUGUCAACGUGGGAUAUAUAAAUCCAAGAAACAUAUCUACUAGCCAUAAACUUAUUAGAGCCUUACCAGUUGUUCCUACUAUUAGGUCUAUAUUAUACUGUAUAUGAUUUUUUAUAUUUAGUAUUUCAUUACAAGUUGCAGUUUCUACCUUCCGUAAAUAGUUCUUUAUUUUAUAGUUCAAACGUAAAUAGUUUCUAUAUUUCAUACUUUAAACGUAUAAUUAUUAUUUCAAUUAUUAUUUCAUUUCCAUUUAUAUUUGAUAUUUUAUAUUUCUUUGUUUUUCUUAUAUUGAAUGAUACAAACUUAUUAUAGCCUUACCAGUUGUUUCUACUUUUAGUUCCAGUGUCGUGUAGUAUAGAGACUGAUUAUUACACAGCUAUCGUCCUUAUAUUAAUACCAAUUUGCCAUCUUGUAUUUUACUUAUUUAAUUACUUUCAAUUUGAAUGCUCCUAAUAAUUACAAGUUUAUAACCAGACUGUAUAGAUAGAGUUUAUAAUAAAAAAUUGUCCUUGUUUUAUCGCUGGAUUCUCUUUUUUUCGCUCAUGUAAUGAACAGGGUAACCUCAUUUAGGCGGGAAUGGAUGUAGUUUUACCCAAAACAAAUUGCAAAAGAAGCCAAAAACAAUAUGUACCUAUGACAUAUGACAUUUUCACCCCAAAUCAGUCUUGUUAUGUGAAUCAACUAGCAGGACAUCCGGUUAAUGUGAUACCACAUAUGUGGGGGUGGAGCACGGCGACCAAGCAUUGUUCGCCUGGGGCCCAUAUUCCCGAAAUUGUUCUUGACGGAAUUUGACCCAUUUUAUGUAAGGUUAAAAAAAGACUUAGAGCAAACGUUUCUAAGAGAAAAAUGUA